GCAAUCAAAUGACCACAACUUGUUCAUAAGUUGCUUAAAGAUGGCAACAAUGAAAAAUGGCACCGCCAACUCGCUGCCCAAAUCACAAAUAGAAGCUGCACAAUCAGUUGUCCCAAUAAAAAUGACGGAUCCACGGCUGUCGCGUCGUGUGUCCGUCACGGACUCUGGCAUCUUCCAGAACCGGUUUCAUAUCAUUUUUUACUACAACAAGGUGUCCGGUGAAGAUUCAGGGUGGACCUUGGCGGGGUGGACGAAGGAGUCGCUAGGGAGAGCUUUACACGAGCAACCGAUGCUCGGUGGGAGGCUACGGAGAGAGGAAGAGUCCGAAGGGGUACUAGAACUCGUGUCGAACGACUGCGGCAUCAGGCUGUUUGAGGCACGAAUCUCGAAAACAGUGGCCGAGUUUCUUGAUUUGGAGGAGAGGGAAGAUGCAGAGGCUGAGCUUGUGUAUUGGAAGGAUAUUGAUGAAGAAAAUCCUCAAUUUUCUCCACUAUUCUAUGCUCAGGUGACCAACUUCCACUGUGGUGGAUACUCAGUAGGCAUAAGCUGCAGCCUUGUUGUAGCAGACCCUUUGGCCAUAAUAAGCUUCCUCAGGAGAUGGGCCAAUAUUCACAGCAGAAUGGUCUCCGAAACCGAAAUGGCGAAACCACCCUUAUUUUACCUCCCCAAUUUCAAGCCAAAUGCUUCUUCCCUCACUAACCAAACUGGCUCGAACCGGAUCCAAGACCGGCGUAAACCUCUCAUCUUCCAAACUGGAAAAAUUAAUCAUAACGAGGUUGAGACGCGUAAGGCGCUCGCGUUACGAUGCAUCGAAGAGGCAGAGCUCAAGCUUGGUGGCAAAAGGGCUUCCAAAGUCACUUUGCUUGUGAAAAAACCCUCUGAAGAAAUAGAGGUAGAAAGCUAUUUGAGAGAAGGGCUUAUGGAAAAGCAAUUAAGUUUUAGGAGUGGACUCAAUUGUGGAAGUUGGGAUGAUUUAGGGGCCAGUGAAGUGAAAUUUUGGGAAGGGAAGAAGCCAGUUUGUGUCUCUUAUUGGAUUAGUUGUGUCCCUGGGGAUGGACUUCUUGUUCUGAUCCCAAGUCCAGAUGAGAGUGCUUCUGAAACAUUGAGUGUUGUUGUCACAGUGCCAUGAGAAACGUUAAUGAAUUUUUCGGGUAUUUUUUUUUAAUAACCAGGUGUUGAGGCCAGCUUAUGCGCACCUCUACUAAUACUGGGAGAUCAAUCCCACCAUCCACUAGCGGGGCCAAAGCAAAGCUCUGUAUGGAAUGUUGAUGAAUUGGUAUAUAAGUGAGUGAAUCCAUUGUGCAACUUAUGUACUCUAAUUGCUAUAGAAAUCCGUCAAGAUUGAUUUUCAUCAUGGUUCAAA